GAGCCUGGGAGACGCCUGUGGCAAAAGAGUAACUGUCAAAUGCAAGGUUCCUUUAAUAGGAGUGAUCAGUCCGGCUCCGAGAGUCAUGGCGACUACAGCAUCCAAUCAUUACAAUAUCCUCACCUCCAGCCCAUCUAUUGUACACUCGGAGCCUGGGAGCAUGCAGCAAGCCACGGCUUACAGGGACGCGCAAACCCUGUUGCAGAGUGACUACUCGCUGCAGAGCAACAGUCACCCGCUCAGCCACGCGCACCAGUGGAUAACAGCCUUGUCACACGGAGAAGGAGGUCCGUGGUCGUCCAGUCCCCUCGGCGAGCAGGACAUCAAGCCAGCGGUGCAGAGCCCCCGGGACGAGAUGCACAAUUCCAGCAAUCUACAGCAUCAGACGCGGCCACCCCAUCUGGUACAUCAGACGCACGGGAACCAUCACGAUUCAAGGGCAUGGAGAACGACGACGGCGGCUCACAUCCCCAGCAUGGCCACGUCGAACGGACAGAGCCUUAUUUACUCGCAGACCGGCUUCAGCGUGAACGGUCUCAUCCCGGGCAGCGGCCAGGGCAUCCACCACCACAGCAUGCGCGACGCGCACGAGGACCACCACAGCCCACAUCUCAGCGACCACGGCCAUCCACCGUCCCAGCACCAGCACCAGCCGCACCAGAGCCACCACGACCACUCGGACGAGGACACGCCGACCUCGGACGACUUGGAGCAGUUCGCCAAACAGUUCAAGCAGCGGAGGAUCAAGCUGGGCUUCACGCAGGCGGACGUCGGACUAGCUUUGGGAACGCUCUAUGGAAAUGUGUUUUCGCAGACCACGAUUUGCAGGUUUGAGGCCCUGCAGCUCAGCUUCAAAAACAUGUGCAAGCUCAAGCCUUUGUUGAACAAGUGGUUGGAGGAGGCGGACUCCACAUCUGGCAGCCCCACGAGCUUGGACAAGAUAGCUGCGCAGGGGAGGAAACGGAAAAAGAGGACUUCCAUCGAGGUAAGCGUCAAAGGGGCUUUGGAGAGCCAUUUCCUUAAGUGCCCAAAGCCAGCCGCGUUGGAAAUUACUUCGCUGGCGGACAGUCUGCAGUUGGAAAAAGAGGUAGUGAGGGUUUGGUUUUGUAACAGAAGACAGAAAGAGAAACGGAUGACGCCUCCCGGCGGACCUCUGCCGGGGACCGAGGACGUAUACGGAGACACGCCGCCGCAUCACGGGGUUCAGACGCCAGUUCAGUGAGAAAAGACAAAAACAAGACAAAAACAAGGACACAUCUUAUCAUACUGACUGCCUCAGUCUUCAUUUAUGAUUACGUUCACGUUGGAGCUAUCCAAAGUGAAAGCAGCUGCGGUUUAGACUACUGAGGUGGGAGAGCAGAUUAUAUACGUCUUCGAUGUUACUCAAAAUUCGUACUGCUGCAACAGAGGGGACCGUGCGUUUCCCGCGCGAGCAAAGAGAACGGUUGUUCUGUGAAUACCCAACACUGUGAAAAGACGCAGUUUUAAGGUGUAACCCUUCUAUUUAUCAAACACUUUGAGACGAGCGAAAUGUCCCUCAAACGCGAGCAUGGGUGUCCCAUAGCCAGUUGUUUACAUCUAGACGCAUUCACUGCAUUUUCUUUUGCGGAAUUAGCCUGAAAAGUGACUUGUGCUGCAGCAUUUGACAAAUACACGCCAUUUUUACUUUUGUUGUGGGCGAUUGAGGGUGAACAUCGAUUCGAUUGAAAAAACAACAUCAGUGUGACAUGCACAGUAUUCAACCAUUUUCUUGGGAUCAAAAGACCUUUAAAUAUUUUAUUAUUAUUAUUAUUAUUUUACAUACAGCAUGGUUAUGUACCAAUUCUCCUACUCAUGGAGACAGUGAGGUGCAAGGUCACACUAAACAGAUGUUGUAGUCGUGGCGCCAAGAAAUUAGUCUCACACAAUUGAUUCUGGUCUCUUUCUCCGUUUUAUCAACGGAUAGCUCUAAAUUGAAAAGACAUAAAAAGAAACUUCCAGCAUCGAGCUGCAGACAAAUCACCGAAGGGCUAGUGAUAGAAACCUGGCAUUUCCUUCGAUCUAGUCAUAUUACCAUAAAAUACAGUUGUUUCACAGGACUCCACACAGUGCUGUAAAUAUUGUAUAAUUUUUAAAGGACAUAGCUACGUUA